UUGUUGUCGGCUUACUUGUCAUCUUUGUCGAUGUGGCAUGAAUGACUUGUACAAAUCUCCCAACGGGUCCCAACAGUUUACCAACAAAUGGGCCAUGCACUCAAGUGUUUUCUUUUUAUGUUUUCCCUGGUUCUUCUGGCUUGCAGGCGAGAGGGCAGCACUCAUGAUGAUACUCAGGAGGAUGUAAUAACGACGGCCGUUCGGCCAUUACACUCCUUAUACGGCGUUUGGAGGCAAGAUGUAGGAGUUGUCGAGUGUCUUUUUCAAAACAAAAAAUUUCUUUCUCCUCCGAUUCAACAUUGCUUUUGUUCCCUCCAGGCUCAACGAGGUUGACUGUCAGCCGCCUCUGAAUCGCGAUGGACUUGUGGGCGGCAGCUCCAUAAAGCAAACCACUCAAAAAAGGUGCGAUAC